AUGAAUAAGGCCAAACUGAGUUUGAGGGACUUAAACAAACUGUUGGUGGAUCCUGAAAAAGAUGAAAAUGGAAAAGAAAAAGAAUUUCAAGAGCUUAGUGUUCCUGAAGAAGUUAUAGAUAGUUUAAAAAAAAUGAAUAUUAUAUAUCCAUCCAAAAUACAAUGUAUAACUAUAAAAAAAGCAAUUCAUAAACAAAAUUUAAUUAUACAAUCUAAAAAUGGGACAGGAAAAAGUACGUCCAUAUGUAUAAUAUUAAUAUCACAUAUAGUGAAAAAAAUACAUAAAAAUAUACUCAAAGAAAAUUUCAAAAAUUUUUUAAACGAUAAUAAAGAAGGUGAAAAUAUAAUAAGUAUAAAUGAUAAUUAUUGUGAGAAUAUUUUUUUAUUUUCUUUUUUUUUUUAUGGAGUUGUUCUUGUUCCCACAAGAGAAUUGUGUGUACAAAUAAAUGAUACGAUUCAAAAAAUUUCAAAAAAUUUAAUUAUAAAAAAAGAUAAAGAAUUAGAUUCUUUAAAUAAUUUUGGGGUUAUAGACAAACAUGUAGAAAAUAAUUUUACUUUAAAAAUACAAUCCAUAAUUCUUUAUGGAGGGACUGAUGUAUACGAAAAUAUAAAGGAGUUGUUUUUAAAGUAUCCUCAAAUUAUUAUUUCAACUCCUGGAAGAUUAAAGCAUGUUUUAAGGAUUUUUCAAAAUGGCAACAUUGAAUUGGAUAAUGUUCAUCUUUUUCAAAAAUCAAGUCCUAGCAAAAUAAAAAUAUCUUAUUUAAAACUAGUGAAUCUAUUAUUAAAAAAAUUAGUUAUAGAUGAAGUUGAUGCAUUAUUAGAUGAACAAUUUGAAGAGCAAAUGAAAAUUAUAUUUACAUUAUUAAUAAAUCCAAAGAUCCAAAUUUUAGCAUAUAGUUCUACUUUUAGUGAAUUCACAAUUGAGACCUUUAAAAGGAUGGUAGCAUAUAUAGAUAUUAGUUAUGUUGAUAAAGCGAAAAAUUGGUACAGCCAAACUGGCAUAGUUGCUACCAAUCCAGUUUUAGCUAGUGAAGAGCUUAAUCAAAAUAAAAGCAUACAAAAAAAUAAUGCAAGUUUUUGCCAUCCUACCGAUCAAAAUGUAGAGACAGACUAUUCUUCCAAACAAACAAUUCACAAUGACAAUAUUCAGAAAAUUGUAGAUGAUAAAAUUGAUGAUGAAAUAAAAGGGAAAGUAGUUAGUGAAGAUAAUUUACUAGCUAAAAGAUGUAUUAAAACAGCUAUUAAUAAAAAAAAAAAAAAAAAGAAAAAAAAAAAAAAUGCAAAUAUAAAAGAAAUAGAAAAGAACAUACUAAACCAAGAAAAUGUAAAAUAUUUUAUUAUUGAAAAAAUGAAAAAAGAAAAAAAAAAAAUAGACAUAUAUUCUUCGAGAAAGAGAGAAUUUAAAAUUUGUCAAACCUGCACAUCAGUAAUUUUAAUGCAAGAAAAUGAAGCAAAAAAAAGUUCUAAACUUGAUUCACCAAUAUUAAUGAAUAUAAAGCAUUGUUUCAUUACUAUUAAUAAUGAAAAUAUAAAUAAGCAUGAAGAAUUAAAAUAUAAAUUAAAAGUAUUACUUAAAAUAAUAAAAGAAAUAAAAUUUGAGCAAUGUUUCCUUUUUAUAAAUAAUUCUUAUGAAGGUUUACAAAUAACUAAAAUGAUGAAGAAAUAUAAUAUAGAUUGUUAUUAUACAAGUUCUAAAGUUGAACAUAAUGAGAGAAUACAAAGUUUUAAUAACUUAAAAAAAAAUAAAAUGAAAAUUGUUAUAUGUACUGAUGUUAUGAGUAGGGGAAUAGAUAAUAUUGUGUGUGAUCUUGUUAUUAAUUUUGAUAUACCUUAUAGUAAAGAAAUAUAUAUUCAUAGAUCAGGAAGAUGUGGAAGAUAUGGAAAUAAAGGACUUUGUAUAAGUUUGUGUAAUUAUACAGAUUAUAAUUAUUUAUAUUAUUUUAAAUAUACUCUAAAAUUAGAGGUACACGAUUUUUAUUAUUUAUCUUCUUCACAAAAUUCAGCAAAAUCUAUCAUUACAAAUGUUUCUAAUAAAAUUGAAAUUCAACCAACUACCACACACACACCCAAACAAGUUUGUAAUUAUCCUGACAAUAAAAUAGGAUCACUUAAAGAUAAAACAAUUUGUAAUGCAUUUCCUAUAAAUAAUAGUGAGACUAACAAAUGGAGUGCAUUUGAUUUUUAUUCAAAUUCGAAUAUUUUAAAAAAAUUAAUAGGAGAAAAUAAUAUUGACAAAGGAGAUCAAACAGAAGAAAGAAAAUGCCGAGAAAAAAACUUUUUUAAAAUAAAUAUAAAAGGGUUUUAUUCGAAAUUUGUUAAUACUUUAAAAAAUUUUAAUACAAAAGAUGAAAAUGUAUAUUUAAAAAUAUACUUUAAAAAAUUAUUAACAAAACUUAAAAUAAUAAAAAAUGAGAUUAGCUACUUUUUUUAUUUUCCAAAUGAUAAUAUACAUUUUUUUAAAAGUAUAAAUAUAAUUGAACAUAAAUCCAAUUUAAUAUUAUAUUUUACUUUUACAAAAAAAAUCAAAAUAUAUUAUACAACCUAUUUAGAUAGAUUAAAAGGAAUGACAAAUAUAAAAGAAAAAAAAUAUCGUUACACAAAUUUUUGUAUGCUUUUUUUUAGUAAUUCAAAUAGUUAUAUGGUUUUAAAAAUUUAUUAUGCCUUUCUUUUCUUUUUCAAAUACUAUCGAUAUCCACUUAAAGAUUUGCUUUCUUCGAUGCCACUUAUGUGUGCAAAUACAAAGGAACCACAAAAUAAAAAAAAUAAAACAGACAAAUUUAUGAGCACCGGAGAAACAAACUUCAAACAAUUUAAUUAUUCAUCAGACAGCUUUUUACUCCUUUAUGAUGAAAUUAGUAAAUGGAAUAAAAAAGAAAACCAAUUGUUUGGUAAAAAAAGUGGAUAUAAUACUGAUCAAAAUUAUGAUAAUGAUGAAAUUAUUUACAUGAACAAGCAAGGGAAAAUAAUAGACAAAGGGGCUAACUAUGAUAUUAGGUUUUUUUCACAAUUUAUAUUUUCUUCAAAUAAAAAAAAAAAACGAAAAUAUCUUAUUGAAAAUAUAGAGAAAAAUAUAAAUGAUAAAGAAUAUUCUUCUGAUAAUAUUGAUUAUAAUAUUUUAAACAAAACAGAAAAUGUAACAUUCAAUACACUAUUAUUUGAGGAUGCUAUUAAUACUGUAAAUAUUAGUGCAUAUGAAAAAAAACAGCUAGCUUAUUUUUCCUCUCAAUGUGAUAAAAUAGAGUGUAUAAAUAAUGAACAAAAAAUAAUUGCAAACUUAAAUAGAUUAAUAAAUUCACAAAUAUUUCUCAAUCUAAAUUAUAACGAAAAUUCGAAUUUAUUGAAAAGUGUUUUUUUGCAAAAUCAUAUACAAUUGUGCAAUGGUUUUUAA